AUGGCCUGGGAAGCAUACAAAAGCAAACCAAUCUCUCAUUGGAUUCUUCUGCUUCUAAGCAGUGGAGCAAUGCUUGUGGCAUUCCCAGCUUCUAGCCUCUUGUCUCGUGUCUAUUUUGCCAACGGGGGCAAGAGCAAAUGGAUCAUUUCAUGGGUGGCCGUUGCAGGGUGGCCUCUGGCUGUGUUAAUGUUAAUUCCUACGUACUUCUUUUGUGGAAUCUUUCCCACUCCUCUGAACUUAAAAAUCACUCUAUCUUAUAUUGUGUUGGGCUUCUUAAGUGCUGCUGACAAUCUCAUGUAUGCAUAUGCUUAUGCCUACCUGCCGGCGUCAACUGCUUCUCUUUUGGCAUCAUCAUCUUUGGUGUUUUCUGCCCUAUUUGGAUAUUUUAUUGUGAAGAACAAAAUCAAUGCCUCAGUGGUAAAUGCUAUUGUAAUCAUCAGCGCUGCUAUGACGAUAAUUGCUUUGGAUUCGAAUUCAGAUAGGUACAGUUAUAUUACUGAGAGCCAAUACAUCGUGGGAUUCAUAUGGGAUAUUCUGGGAUCUGCUCUCCAUGGGCUCAUAUUUGCUCUUUCAGAGUUAGUUUUUGAUAAAUUACUAGGGAGAAGAUCUUUCCAUGUUGUUUUGGAGCAACAAGUCAUGGUUUCCCUCUUUGCUUUUGUGUUCACCACGAUUGGGCUCAUUGUGAACAACGAUUUCGAAGGGAUGAGCUCUGAGGCAGAAACUUUCAAGGGCGGUAGAUCUUCAUAUUACUCGGUUCUCAUCUGGAGUGUCAUUACUUUUCAGUUGGGAGUUUUGGGAAGCACGGCUGUGGUUUUCUUGUCGUCCACUGUGCUAGCCGGUGUCCUUAAUGCUAUAAGGGUACCUAUCACAAGCAUUGCUGCGGUUAUUUUGUUAAAUGACCCUAUGAACGGUUUCAAGAUCCUGUCUCUGAUCCUUACCUUCUGGGGAUUCGCUUCCUAUAUCUAUGGAAGUUACCUGUAA